UACAUUUAAAAUUCAGACCGCAAGCCGUUAGAAAGUUUAAUAUUGAACAUACGCAAUUUACAAACAAGACUUACUUAUAUCACGUUUAGGUUUUCGUAAACUUCUUGACGCCAUGCUUUGGCGUAUUCUUCAGCCAAAAAAUGGCUUCGUUCUCCGCCUCAUCAUCGCUGAGCAGCGGCAUUUUCACGUUGCACAUUUUCUUCUUCGACCUCGGCUCGCUAAUUUGCCCGGACAUCGCCUCCAAGCUCGGCCACAGAAGCACGACCUUCGCCGCUCUCGUCACGGCCUUCUUCUCCUUCGUCCUGCUGGCGCUCUGUGACGGCCUGGAAGUCAUUUUCGUUUCGUAUGGCGUAGUACUUGCGCUGAGCGGAGGCAUCCUGUUCAAUGUUACAUUGCUGAUGGUGCCGAUGUACUUUGAAAAGCACCGAAGACCCGCGCUUUCGUGCAUCUCAGUUGGCAUGGGGGCCUCGGGCGUGAUCUCCCCGCACCUCGUGCGAUACCUCAUAGACUUUUACGGCUACUCGGGAGGCUUGCUGCUCUACGGCGCCUGCUUCCUGCAGGGCUGCGUGCUCGUCGUCCUAGUGAGGCCAGCACCAAAGCCUAUCGUAGAAGUCCCUGAAGACGCUGAGUACGAAGAUCUGAGUCUUGUUGAUGACGUUGCAAAAAAAUGUAUGACCAUGAGAAACGAAAGAGUGUUAUUAAUGUCAAUAACACGCGGAUUCUUUCAUACAAGCUACUUUAAUUUUUAUGUCUUUCUACCGUUCACGCUCGAAAAUGAAGGAUACUCGCCCCAGUUUUCAGCUCAAUGCAUAUCGAACAGUUCUAUUAUGAGCACAUUGGUUCGAAUCGUGGUCACCCUGACAGUGAACCAUCAACGCUUUCCGAGAAAAACUGCGCUGUGUGCCGCUUCUGUGAUCGCGGGUAUCUUGGACCUGGGAUUCAGUUUCUCUCUUGUGGAUGAGUCAGCGUUGACAGGCCUGUGCGUCCUACACGGUUUAGGUAUCGGUCUGUUCUUCAGUGUUUUCUAUGCCAGCCUCAUCGACAUCGUUGGCCUUCCGCUUUAUCCUGCCAGUCUUGCCGUCAAUGCAAUUUUCCUGGGCAUUACCGACACUCUAAUAUCUCCAAUUUUAGGUGUGAUCCGAGACUUCAGCGGCUCUUACUCAGCGGUUCUGGGCACCUGCGCUGCGCUGAAAAUGUGCUCCGCAAUUUCACUCGUCAUCCUCUUCAUCAGGAUGAAAGCCCGACAAAAUUGAGUCGAAAAUAGGAUGCGUAUUGAAACGUGCUUACUAAAUAAAUAACGAUGGCGUUUGAACGCGAAACGCUCCAAGUAAAGUGGUUAAAAUAAUUAUGUUCCUGUAUAUGGAUUUAAGAGAAUGGUUGAACUCGUCUUUCGUUUAAAUAUUUUUAAUGCCUUCGUGGACAAGGUAAA